AUGUCUGUAACAUUCUCCUCGCGGCGCGAAGGCGGAAUAACAGCCUCCCGCCGGCACAUUCUAUGCGCAUCACAAUCACAAUCUGAUUCUCACCCUGAAUCUGACAGACAAGUUUCUGAAGGCAUCAGUUAUGAUGAUGCUAAUUUUGGGUACAUGGAUGGGCAUGUAGAUGCAAUUGAUGAUGCCCUGGUCACAUCGAAGCGAAAAUGCACCACGGCUGAUAACCCCCUUCUAGUGUGGUUAAGCGAUCGUGAUGAGUAUCUGGCAGAAAUGCUUCGGAUGGAUGGCAGAGGGGACUAUACUUCGGAUACUUGCUGCAAAUGUGCCUCUGCUCCUGCUCUGUUCCGAUGCGACGACUGUUGUGACAUGCAGCUAUACUGCGGAGACUGCACUGUUUGCAAUCAUUUGCCGAGCCCCACUCAUCGCAUCAAGGAGUGGACAGGGUCAUUUUUCAUGGCUACAUCACUCAAAAAGCUCGGUCUGAGGAUCCAGCUGGGGCAUGCGAUUGGCGAAAGCUGUAUCCUGCCUCGCAAGUCAUUCAACAACAACUUCCUACUCAUCGAUACAAACGGAAUCCACGAGAUGGCAGUCGACUUUUGUGCCUGUGAGACAUCCCAGACUCAUACAAAACAACUCUUGCGCAUGGGAUGGUUCCCCUUGACAACUGUGGAUCCAAGGACGGCAGCAACCUUCCGGCUAUUGCACCAUUACCAUAUCUUGUCUUUUGAGUCCAAGGCAUCCGCCUAUGAAUUCUAUCACUCGCUUGUCCGUAUAUCUGACAAUGUUGGUUUAAUUAAGAAGGAUCGCUAUGAAUCCUUCAUGUGUAUGGUUCGCGAGUGGCGACACCUGAAACUGUUGAAACAUUUUGGUCGCGGUCACGAUCCUGUCGGUGUGAGUGGUACCAAAGAGGGCGAAUGCGCUGUGCUCUGUCCGGCUUGCCCACAGCCUGGCAAAAAUAUGCCCCCUGACUGGAAAGAGGCACCAAAAUCCAAACAAUGGCUGUAUUCAUUGUUCCUGGCUAUCGACACCAAUUUUCGAUUGAAAAGACGGGAUAUAUCCAGUGAUGAAGUGGACCCAAGUCUCUCAAAGGGAUGGUCAUACUUUGUGGAAGAGGAGAAGUUCAAAUCCCAUCUCAAGGAGCAUUUGUCCGAGACACAGGAGAAAAGUUCCUGCUCGAACCAUAAUGCCGUGAAUAUGGCUGAGACAAAGCUAUCACAGGGCCUUGCAGCUACUGGAGUAGGGACAGUUGAUUGCGCACGACAUAACUUCAAGCGCCCGAAUGGCGUUGGGGACCUACAAAAAGGGGAAAAGUACAUUAACAUGGACUACCUGUUUUUCUCCACACUUCACAACAACUGUCUCGACGUUCUGAACGUAUCGUAUGACAUUGCUCGCAUGGAGUCGCUACCCGAGUCACACCAUAUAUCCUAUUUGCGCAUUUUUAUUCGGUUCUUCAUCCCCAAGUUCCACCUUCCAGCACAUAUCAAGAAGUGUCAGACAAUGUUCUCUUUCAAUUUCAUGUGUUUUGUGGGUCGUACAGAUGGGGAGGCGCCCGAGUGUGGUUGGUCCAACAUAAAUCUGGUCGCAUCAAGUACAAAGGCAAUGGGACCCGGCUGUCGUAGGGACACAUUAGACGAUCAUUUUGGGGAUUGGAACUGGAAAAAAGUUGUUGGCUUAGGCGCAUAUCUCGUCCAUAAAAUGCAGGAAGCUGUCAUUGAGAAGGCUGAUCACGAGGCUGCAUUCCAGGAGUUCAAUGCUGCGAUUUCCUCCGACCACAGGUCAGCAUGGACAGUGGAGAUGGAGAAAUGGGAGGAAAACCCCAAUGACACGUCAGUCACUAACCCCCUCAAGUCCAAGUCAAUCCAAAUCACGCAAGCUGCAGCCCGUCUGAAACUUGCAGAGAUGGAAGCUGAAGAACUCGCUCGUGGGAUUGACCUAUCUCUGCACCCCGACAUCUCACCAAGUGUACUUAUCGCGUCGGGAUUAGACCUCAAAGAGGAAGAACGUCGUGUGAGAGCAGUAUCCGAAGGAAUGGGUCUCCACGUUUCUGAUAUACAGAAAGGCACACUCGUGCGAAUGAGGAAUGUCCUGCGUCGUAAGAUCGAAACGUGGAGAAGUGCACAGGUUCUGUACAAACCUGCGGUACAGAUUCUCACUACUACUGUGAAUGCUGAGGAUAUCCGCCUGUGGUUGCCAUCUAGUCUGAAAGGCAAACCAUGUGAUCCCCGACUUCAAGCUUACAAAUGGGAUUUGCAGUAUGCCCAGGCCCACGAUGUGCUCGAAGAGCUUCGACAGUGCCUUCGCGUGCGCUGUUCUAUGCUUACAUUCAAGCGGGAGUGGGUUCAUGGUCAAGGCUCCAACACUCGUGCUCAGAAUGCACUUGCUCGUGUGCAUGGGCAACAAGUGGCAUGUACAAAGAGAUACAGGGUUGCGUGGGAGGCGCUGAAGACCCUGGCACCCCUCUUGAAGAAAGUGGGAUGGCGAGGACGGCUGCAAGACCUGAAGGAUGAAGACGUGAAACCAUUAGUGGACCCUUUCAGCAGAGAGACCGAAGGCUGCCGCCGCCUGACAUGGAUCUGGAUGAUGACGGGUGUAGAUACAGGUAGCGAUGGGGGCGACAUGGAUGGAGUUCACGUGGAAUGGUGCAAGUCCAGAGCAAGAGCAAUGCGCUGGGCGGAGGAGAUAGAAUUGUUACAGGAGGAGAUGCGGAGGGUGCUACAGUUUUUCGAUUGGCAAGCCAACUGGUGGAAUGAGCAGCAGGACCGGCUCGUCUGUGAGACAGCAGCUCAACGCGAGGGCUUGGUAGCAUAUGCUCACAAACAGGCACACAUCCGACGUCAGCUCGCAUAG